AUGCAGCGCGAUGAUAAAUGUCCGGGGAAGAGCUUGGAGGACGAUGAGAACGAGGACGCGGAAGAUAUGUUCCACCUCUUCGGCCACAACCUCUCCGUCGAACCAGACGACACCGAGUCUGUGCAAGCCCUGAAAGAAGAGGCUUUGUACGCACCGAACAAGCGCGUUCGAGGCGAUAAGAGCUACGAGCUGUACCGGCUCUACGACGAGGCGAAGCCGCGGGAAUCCAAAAAGGCGCAGGACUGGCUCUUCAAGGCGACGUACGAGGAUUCACCCGAGGCUUGCUUCGACCUUUCCUUGGUGUCUCUGUAUAUCGCCAACCAGUUAACUGACGAGUACCAGCCCGACGACGCGGAACAGCACCUGAAGAUCGCCAAAGGCCUCAUGGAGAGGGCGAAAUCCCUGGGGCACCCCGACGCGGAUGUACAGCUCUCGGUGAUGCGGCUGGACGAGAUGGAGUAG